UGCCGCGGGCAACACCGGCACCACUACCGCCAAGGGCGUUACAUGGGACUACACCGGCGACUCCCAGGCAAAUAUUUUCAACAUGCGGGCCAGCGCCGGGUUCCACGAUAAGCUGGGCCGGAGUUUGCGGACACCUCAUUUCUCCCCCAGAAGCGGUGCUGCAAGGACAGUGAUGAGUACGUGGAUCAUAAAGGACUCAAUAAAGCCAACAUCAAUCUACACCACACAGUUGCCAAUAACAUACACAACUCCGGAAGGAAUAGGAAUGCACACAGUCUUCCCACCUCUGAAGUCACGCCCCAUUAACCCCCCGACAGCACCAAAGGAUAUCCCUCUGGCAAGAGGGACAGUGCAGUGCUCUCCGUCAACGCUCAUGAUAGUAUUUUUGAUGGAGAGGACAACAUCCAAGUUGACAACCAGAAGCUUGGCUCCACAAGCCAGUCAGUAGAACUAUCAACAGAGCUGAAAGUUGAGAAUGUGCCCCAUUAUUUGAAUGUUACGGUUGAGAACUAUAUCAAUAGUUUUCAAGCGGUCAUCGAUAGCAUAGUCCUCGAUUCGUUACAUAAGAUCUGCGGCAAAUUAUUUUCAUCCUUCCUAGUUUGGAGCCUUCUUCCCCGGCGAGCGUCUGAGG